AUAGGCAUUGCGGAAGGCCAUGGCAAGAGCUGGACUGUCUAUUUGGCCUCGCCGGUUCUCCAGCAUGAAUUGCGGAAGACUCGACCAGAAGAUCAUAUAAUAUGGUCACGAUCACCGUCUAUCGAGCUGUUAUCGUUGUCGCCCUCUUGCAGGGUGCUGAGACUUGAAAGAUGCCUUUGGUCAAUGCCACCUCCGUGGCCGCCUUCUUCAUCCUACUGUACCUGUCGUCUUUCGUCCUGCUCGCCGUCCUGCGCAUCGCUACCGGCGUCUCUAUACAACGAGUUGGCUAUUUCAGUUUGAGGCAUAUAUCCUACACACCAAGAGAUGGACUGCGUAUAGACCUGCGAGGACUUGGGCUCAGUCUACACAGACCCACGUUUGCUCAGCCAACAUGGAUAAGCGUUGUGUUCGAGGAGCUCAAGGUUACCUUUGACCCUGCCGUGUACGAGAACUCUACGAGUCGUUCUGCCCUCAGAGACAAGUACAAAGGAAGCCAUGUACACCAUAGCGGACGCCGCAAACCAGGUGGACGAAGUGAAUUAUGGAGAAAGUUGACCAAUAUCAAGGAGCGACUCAAACGGAUACACCGUCAGAUCAACGUACUGCGUAUGUUCGAUAUUAGUUUUCAAAACACCACUGCCGAGGUUGUGGGAAUUGGCUAUAUACAGAUCACGAAUCUGACCCUGGCUGUGUAUACGAGACGCAAACUUCUUGACAGAGGACGCCUUUUUCGUCAUAAGAAGGAACCUUUGGGAAACCAAAAGCCGGCGGAAUGGGUGCUUAUCGUCAGAAGCGUAUUAUUGGGUGUUGGUGGCCGUGACCCUAUGGAGAUUCUGGACGCCAUGACUAUCAAUGUCCAUGGUCUGCUCUACCAGGAGCGUGAGGGCCUUCGUGAUACCUCCAUCGCCAUCAAAGCAGGUCGUCUUCACAUCCCUGUUGACGAGAUACUUCACUUCACGCAGCGAGCCAAAAAGAUUGCAAAGUCAGAUACAGAUACUGCACCACCAUCUGAGAACUCUAUCGAGCAAAUGUCGUUCCAAGAUGUUGUUGAAGAACUGGAUCAACCCGGCAGCCGGGAGGCAUCGAUUGUACAGACGGUGGCUGACUCCAAAGAAUUCUUCAGUUCCGUUCUUCGCAGCGUGCAGGAGGUUCAAGUUGGAUUGAGCUUCGUUCGGAUGUCGAAAGAAAUUGUGUCCCUCCGACAGGCAAAUCUGCCUCUGGUUGCCAAUCUUGUAACCCACGAGAUCGGAGUUGAUUUGCACAGACUGGAUCAAAACUCUCCUUCUCACCGCAUGUACUUUUCGAGGGACGAUGUCGCUCAUCAGGCUUUGGUAGCGGCUGUCUCGAUAUCCCUCAGCUUGGACGAAGACGAUUCACACACGAACAGGAUCAUGUACAUCCCGAUGGCCACGACGACGAUCCGGACGACAUUGCCAGCCAAGACAAUGAGCUUCACCCAAGAUCGAGACGUGGCCGAAAGAAACACAAAUAUACUAUUCGCAAACCUGGUUGUUACUUCUCCAUCGCUCGAUUUAGUACCGCAGCAUCUCAUGAGGGCACUCGCUGUCGCUCAAGCCCGCAAAUCACCGUCUCGGAGUCCAGCCCAAAAUCACCAUCGCCUUAUAUCCAGAUUACUUCCAAAAGCAAGUGUCAAAUUUUCGAUUCAUGAGCCGGUGGUCAGGUUCAUAUUACCAGUGGCAAAUGCAGCCCAUGCGGCUCCCGGUGAAUACGACAUGAUAAUUUCGUCGAUAACGUCGAUUUCUCUGGAUAUUGAAUCGUCCCACUCGGCCGGAAGCGAGCUCUUGUAUUCCUUGGCUUCAACCUUCCGUGUAAUGUCUCAUCAACUCUAUUAUCAAGCGUCUACAGGCGUCAAACACAAGAUCAUGAUCACGGAAGCGCUGGAAAUCAAGGCUCAGGUGGCUGCGUCCAGGGACGUUGCUGUCAGUGUUUCAGGGAACCUCCGAACGUUCUCUAUCAUCAUGGUGCGGGAAGAAGUCAGUAAAGCAAUUUACAACAUCGUACGGCACUUCAAACGCCGUGUGCCAACAGAGAAUGUCGCCGUACAUGAGACACAAGCGACCAGUUUUUUGAGAAAGCUCCCAUCUUGGAUUGUUGAAGCGACCUUUGAAGGUUCUGGCUUCAGUAUCGAGACUGCCGGUGUAGAUACCAGCGUCUCAAGUCAAACAAGAGGUGUCGCACUAGAACUCGAGGCUUGGACGGCACACUAUGCGUCGUCGUCGACGGAAGCUGCACGAAAGACCUUGACGCGGAGGAAAGCAUCGAAUUCUGCCCGGUUCGAUGAAUCAUUUUCGCCAAACCGCCAUCUGUCGCCGCCGACAUCACCACCUCGACAUCACCAUGUCGAUCCAACUGACGGACGACGUCUGACGUUUCACAUCAAGGGGCUAGAAGGUUACAUAAUUGAGUCCCUCGAAGGUUGGGAACCAAAGCCAUUCACAUGGAUACCCAGAUUCGAAGUUGCUCUAAGCACCACAAGAGAUCAGCAAGGUCCGAUUUUCCACAUUCACUCGGUAAUACGCGCAAUAUAUCUGGAAUUCUCCCUUUACAGGUUCUAUUCAGUAGGCGUCGCAGGCUCGAUUAUCAAAGAUGCCUUUCUCGGACCAGCUACGCCGGUGCAAGCGGAUGUCCAUCAAGCCUCUCCCGCCAAGAAGCAUGAUGUCCCUACACACCACCCACACCCUCUGGGUCAGGAGCUUACUGUUAUUGAUGUUAAAGCCAACUACGUCCAAGUCAAGGGUCAGAUGCCACACGACCCGCAAUUGCUCCUGCAAAUUUAUCAGGUAUCUGGAGGUCGACACCGAUGGUCUCCACCAUAUAUGAGAUCCGAGCUUGUACGUUUGCACGCUGAAGCGCCUCAUUUGAAGAACGUCUGGGCGCGUGUUGUGUCUGCAAACAAUGUUCGUCUUGAUCUGCGCCACAGCAAGAAGAAGUCGCAGCAUGGUUUAAUAACAGAUGAGAGAUCUAUUGAUGUGACGACAGACUUUCUUCGUUUGGCGGUGCCUCAUGGGUUGCAAAUGUACAGGGUUUUUGACAAUAUUGUCAACAUCAACAAGACAAUGGCCCAGCUCAUGCACCGCUUCAAGACCAGGACGAAUGAUUACAUCCUCAAAAAGGAACCUGAGGGUCCUAAAAAGGUCCCCCGGAUCUCACUCCGAUCCAAAGCACUUUGUUUCGAACUUGAGGACGAUCCUUUCGAAUGGAAACUUGGUGUCAUCUACCACGCUGGUCGGAUUGAACAGAAACAACGGCUGGCGAGAGAGGAUGCCUUCCGCCUCAAAGUAAAACGCUUGAACGAGGAAAGAAGGCCACGUGCAGAAUCGAGGUAUCGAGCUCACUCUAGUCGCCGAGCAUCUCCGGACGCGGGAGCUGACCACGCUUCCCGCCGUGCCAGGAGCGUCGAUGACACACCCAGGAAACGAAACUCUUCAAGGGGACGACGAGGUAGAGACUCCGCAAGGAUCCGCUACGACCGUGAUGGAGUCUGUGCAUUGUCAAGCACUGCGAAGAUAGAUGCAAAUGAAGCAUGGGAGAAGCUUCAAGAGCACAACGUCAGGAGCUGGAAGAGACGCAUCGACUGGAUGAUGAAGCUACAGAACAACACAAUCAAGAACAUCCGCAAAAUGUUUUCGGGUGCCGACGAGCCACCUCAUGAUAGUGGAGAGCAUGAGGCAAUUCUGGGUGUGCCAAAUCGGCCAGGCUUGAUGACUUUGAUCAUUAGUGAUCUACAUCUCAUCAUUGACAAGCCUUCUUUUCCGUACGCCGAGCUGCCCAAGUUCCUGCACGAGAUUGGCAAAGGUAUGCCUUAUGACACUCAAUACUCACUUCUCAUUCCCGUCAAUCUCACUCUUGAUAUGGGGGAAGCUCGUGUCAUGCUUCGGGAUUAUCCCCUCAACCUCCUUCACAUACCUGCAAUCCGGAAUGGUCAAUCCUCUCGCCUGCCAAGCUGGUCUUUGAAGACGGACUUCGUGAUUGCAGAAGAAUUCCGAGACGAAAAGUCCAUCCGACAUGUCAAAGUGGAAGUGGUUCCUAAGGGACAACAUGCCCAGAGUGGAGAAGAAAUUCCAGGUUUUUAUAUCGACGUACGCAGGACCGUCUCACCUGUCAAAACAUACUCCAGGCCUGUCAUAGACAUCAAUACGAGCUUGCCAACGACAAUAUCCUGGGGCACAUCUUACCAGCCUGUCAUACAGGACAUGAUGAUGACCAUUGAAGGGUUUACGAAACCGGAAGUUGAUACUUCAGAAAGGGUUGGAUUCUGGGACAAAAUCCGCAUGAGCUUCCAUUCACGCCUCGUCGUGAAUUGGAAAGGCGAUGGCGAUGUACAGCUGCGACUGAAGGGUUCGAGGGACCCUUAUGUCGUGACAGGCUAUGGUGCAGGUUUCGUCAUGUGUUGGCGAAACGAUGUGCAAUGGGCGAUACACUCCACUGACGAUCCCCGCCAGUUCAUGACCGUCAGAAGUGGCGAGUAUAUUCUGGCGAUCCCAGACUACAGUCAUGAAGCCCGCAAUACUCCUGAACGGCGAGGCACACAAGAUUCAGACAGUGUGUCCACCAACAGCUCACAAAAGAAUGCUGCAAUAUUCAAGAAAGUCAUCAUGAAGAUCUCUGGAAAUGUCCAGUGGACAGCUGGUUUGGUCUUUGAACGAAAUCUGGAUGACGGAGGCCGCACUUCUAAGUUCAUACCCCACUACGACGUUAUCCUGAGAAAUCCAGCUACGAUGCCUGGGGUCGACUUCAAGACCUAUGAUGCGUUUCGUGGUUUCCGCAGCCAGCAAAUUCAUCUCUCCGUUGCAGUAGCGGCCCCGUUCGACCGCGACUGGGUAGGCGCUGAUACAGCUCCGUCAGAAAGCUAUAACAGUGUCCAUCUCAGUCCAAGGUUCUUCUCUCACUUUCUCAGUUGGUGGUCCUUGUUUUCUGGUGCGAUGUCUAUACCCAUCCGUCAAGGUCCCUUAUGGCGGGGCGUGGAGAAGAACAGCAAGAAAUUUGGUCGACACUUGGCCACAAUCAAGUACGGCCUACUCCUGUCACCUCUUUUCAUCGCUCAUCUGUACAAGCACAAGGAUGCCGAGGAUUAUCAGGAAAACGUGGUAUCUGCGACUGGUUUGAAAAUCAAGAUCGACAGCUUUAUGCUUGACCUCCAUCAACGACGAGAAUAUUUCGAUACUCUGUUGAAAGGCAAGUCCAAACAGAUGAGGACAAGCGGCAUGAAGAUCAACAGAGCGGAGCUUGACUUUAUGCGGGCAGAUCUACGAGCUGUCGCAGCCAGCAUAGCUGGGACGACCGCCGAGGAUCUGCAAAAAGCUACUGACGAGACACUGCCUUCUUUUCAAGAAAUUGCGCCGAACAUUGACAUGUCGCAAUUCACGAUACCCGAUCGUGAUUUCUCUUGGAUUGAUAUGGAUGAUUUUGUGGAGUUGGACUGGGUUUUGCCGGCUGAAUCGAAUCCCGAGACCAAGAUAUUACCUCUUGCGUUCACUCCAAGGUUCACCUAUUUCCGAGAGACGGAACACGGAGCUGGUCAUAUCCAGGGCGACGACUCCCGGACAAGUCCUUUUGGUGACGAAGACACGCACUUUUGUGUGAUGUCCCAAAACAAUGAUCCACGCAAAGUCCAGAUGGACCUGAUACAAAACCGGCUUCACGACCUCGAAGAGAAGCUUCAGGCUCAUUUGAAGUUGAUGAGCGAUCAUGAACUGCGCGUGGUUCGCGAUGGGGAGCACGACCAAGCAAUCAUGGAUAAGCAAAACACGCUUGUGGCUCAGAGGAGAGAAUUAGAGAGUAAGCGAAGAUUCUUACAACAUGGACUGCGACGCCUGAUGGGUAACAUAUAUCCCGCGGAUGCUGAGGACCAGGAAAAGAGUAGUCCUCAGGGCACAGGAAGCAAAGCCACUUCGACUGCUGAACUUGUGGACGGCUCGACUCCAUCAACACCUCAAGUGGAUAUGGAUGCACUCGACUCAGAGACUCACGACGAGUUCGCGAGUGACUUCAACAACCGCUUCAUUAUUCACAAUGCGCAGGUCAAGUGGAACAAUUCGCUCAGAAACAUCAUUCUUCGCUACAGCCAUCAAGUCAGCCAGCGCCGAGGCUUUGUUUAUUACAUGUCGCGGCGUGCCGUCAAGUUUAUCCUCGACAUUGUGGACGAACAAGCAAAAGCAAAAGAGUUGCGACGCAAGCAAGAAAGAAAGCAUGACAUUCCGGUCCCAGCUACUCCAAGUGUCAUUUCGCCUACGGAGGAGAAGGACGAAGACUCUGUGGUUCAAGACCGCAUCAACCAACUAUUGAGUGACGCCACACGUUUCGUGCAGGUUGGUGACGCCGAUCAAGAUGGAUCCUCGAACGCAGAAGGAGACGAUACGGCUUCAGAGAGGAGACCGUCCAGUGCUGAUCUCGGAGAUAAAAUAGCCGAAAACUUUCAGGCGAUGAACAGUUAUCAUCUGCGAUUGAUUGCCCCUCAGAUUCAGCUUCAAAGUGACAAGAACGAAAAGGCGGUCGUAUUGAUUGCGACGAAGGGUACGCAGCUGAAAGUCGUCUCUAUCAUGGACAAGGCACGAAUGGCAGACGAGGUCAGUGGACUUGUUCAGCGCAGGUUCGCCCUUGACAUGGACGCUGCGCAGUUCUUCGUCGCUAGUCAGAAGACCCUGGCGAAAUUUCUCCACCUCUAUUCUGGCAACAGAUACGGCAACGUCCCUGGUUCAUCAUGGCCUCCAUGGGUUUCUCUCGAGGCCAUGUUUGACUUCCAUUUGGAGCCUUUUGGCUUUCAACGGGUCAUUCAGAAAACGUCUGCAAGUCUCCGAUACGAAAAGUACAAUCCUCUUCGCCUCAAAUACAACGAAGAGGUGGAAAGUGAUAGAAAGGGUGAAGUCAAACAUCCGUCGCGGCGAGAAAACCGUAUCGAUCAUUUAUGGGUCGACUUCCCCAGAGUUCGUGCUCGAUGCGAUUCGCAACAGUAUUACACAAUGUAUAUCAUUGUCCUGGACCUGCUACUCUUUAGUGAACCGCUGGAGAAGACAAGAAGCGAGCGGCUUGAAAAGAUUAUGCUUGCAUCGGACUUUAGCGAUCUAAGGGGCGCUCCUGAAAUGGCCCAGAGCCUGCAAGAACGGAUCAGACAACUUGAAGAUAUCAAGCUUCACUUCCAGAUCAAUGCGAAGUAUCUGGAUAAGCAUGGCUGGCAAGAUCGGAUCAACCUCGAAAAGGAUCUCGCCAGUUGUGAAGACGAACUGUUCUUUAUCAUGAAAGCCAUCAACACCUCUCAGCAGAGGAAUGACGACCGAAAAACAACCGAGACAAGUGGCCUCUUGAGGUGGUAUCUAAGUGCUUCCGAGAUCGUAUGGCAUCUGAUGCUGGACAAGGAUCAGCCGCUGACAGAGUUCCAACUUGGCAACGCCGCAUAUGAGCGUAUCGAUAACACUGACGGUUCGAACCAUAAUGCACUAGAGAUUGAACACAUCAGAGGCUGGAACUUAUUGUCGAAUGCAUUGUAUCCCGAGAUCAUUGGUCCUUAUUAUGAAUCAGCUGAUCGACAACCAAGCAUAGUGGAAGCGCAGAAGAUGAUACAAGUGCAAUGGUACAUGCUCGAGGCCAUUGCUGGUAUUCCAGUAUUGGAGCAAUUCUUUGUCACUGUACAUCCACUCAAAGUGCAACUGGAACGAGAGCUUGGCAAGAGGCUCUUUGAGUACGUCUUCCCUGGCACUGGAUCUGACGCUUUCGAUGAUAACAACUCUUCGCCUAUGUUGGUGAGCAACAUGGAGCCUCUCGAUGAAGGUGACGAUCAAGAACUCGAGGCGGCUCAGAAAGCUUUGAUGUCGGAAACCGACCUUCGUGGUCCAAGCAUGGAAUCGAAAAGGGAGACGUCUCCAGGCGAGAUGGCCAAGAGGUUGAAGCCGACUUACAGCUUGACCUAUCGUGAGAAAGCGACUCCGUCCACAUCAUCGGGCAAACCGAGGGGACUACGGGUUCCAUCCGAGCAUCACACAUUCUUCAAGCACUUUAACUCGUCAAAUCCUCGCGCAGUUCUGAAGGAGCCUACUCGCAAAGGAUCUAAUAGCAGUCUAAGAUCCAGCAAGAAGAAUGACGUCUCGACUACCAGCCUUGUUGCAUUACGCAAAUCUGAAGAGAAGAAAGGAGGCAUGCUGCACCGGACUAGAAGCAAAGACGGCGGUCUGGUCACCAAAAAGGACAAGGAUAAGAAGGACAAACCUUCAGACGACCUGUCACAAAUGAUGUCCCGAGCAUCGAACUACAUGACUCUCGCGCAUGUGAAGUUGAACAGCUUCGUCAUUUGUUUAAGCUACAAGGGCAAGGGCGACAGAAACAUUGAGGAUUUGCACGACUUUGUCUUCCGCAUGCCGACUCUCGAGUACCGCAACAAGACAUGGUCGAACCUCGACUUGGCCUUGCGCUUAAAGAAGGACGUUAUCCGAGCCCUGAUAUCCCAUACCGGCGCCAUCAUCGGCAACAAACUAUCACACCACCGACCAAAAAAGCAGCAAGUGGAACGACUGAAAGAGAUUGCAGUGACAUCGACCAUUCCGAACUCUGACAUCAAUCUGCAGCUGUCCAAUACAUCGGAAAGUACGAGUCUGUACAGUUUCUCGCAGGAUGACAAAGACGACGACUUUGAGUCUUCGGGCAUCACGUUCCGCUCGCCCACAGAUCAGAACGGGCACAAGAUCCCCACAUUUGGACCCUCGCCUUUGCUGAGGAGUGGAUCGUGGACCUCGACCAGCGGUAUCAACAUGCCGAGCACCAGCGCUCUUCAAAUUCCGCGGUCGAGCCCCAGUGGUGGGCUGGGAGGAAGUGUGACACCAUCGACAGCGGCGUCGAAUAGUAAAGCGCCUUCUCUCGCGCCGUUGGCCGGCGCGCCUGAUAGGCCCAGCACGGCAAAUCAUACUGGUGUGCCGAGAAGUUUGUUGAGCAAUACUUUUGGCCGGCACUUUUCCGAAGCCGGCAAGAGAGGCGUGCAUUUUGGCUCGUUGAGUCUGCAUAAAAACAAUCAGGGCGAGAGUCGAGGCGAGCACCACGCCGGACAGAGUCAAGGGCAAAACCAGGGACAGAACAAUCAAGGACAGAAUCACAGUCAUCAGAACAACCAUCAGAAUCAUCAGGAUGGGGAUGGAGCCGAUAGUGAUCCGGAGAAUCAAAGGCGGAAUAGCGUCUUGGUGUUGGGAAGGAAAGUCCUGCAUCGGUUGAGUUAGGUACUUGACUAGUGGGAGAUGUCUUCCGGAACGGAGGACGAUUGACAGCGCAGGUGUGGAAGGAAGGCAGGUUGGAUACCUGGGUAUCUUGGAACUCGAGCACAGUUCCGUCCCAGACUACCGACAUGGCUUGGUCAAUGUUUACAUAGCGAGGAGUGAGUGACGGGAUAUAUGGGUUGUUGGCAACUUGCUUUUGUUUGAGUGUUGAGCGUAGCGAGUCCUGCACCAGUACAGGCGACAAUUGCAAAA